CAAACAAACCAUUUCUCAGCAUCCCCAACUUAUCUUCUUUCUCUUUUUUUUUUUCUCUCUCUUUCUCUCUCUCUCUCUCUGAUCAUUUCUAAGAGAUUCAUAAACUAAGCAAAAGGUUAGAAAGCAAAGCUAUUUCUAAAUACUGGAAGAAAAAUUACAAUUAUUACCCGGCCUGUCGGAUUCAGACGAGUGUGAUCUGAAGAACAUCUGUAAACUACAACGUACUCUGUCAACUAAAGAAAAGGGGAUAAAAAUAAGAGAGAGAGAGAGAGAAGUAGCUAGAGAGAUGAUCAUGAGGCCUUUUGCGGCGAAGGUGGAAGAGGGAGUUAAAGGGAUAGACGGAAAGCCGUCGGAAGGUCCGGUGUAUCGGAAUCUUCUUUCGGAAAAAGGUUUUCCUCCGAUUGAUACUGAUAUCACCACUGCUUGGGACAUUUUCAGGAAAUCAGUGGAGAAAUUCCCGGAGAACAAUAUGCUUGGAUGGCGUCGUAUUGUUGAUGAGAAGGUUGGACCGUAUAUUUGGAAAACGUACAAGCAAGUCUACGAAGAAGUUCUCCAGAUCGGUUCUGCACUACGAGCCCUCGGAGCUGAACCUGGGUGUCGAGUGGGGAUCUACGGAAUUAAUUGUCCUCAGUGGAUCAUAGCAAUGGAGGCUUGUGCAGCUCAUACUCUAAUCUGUGUACCUCUUUAUGAUACAUUGGGCUCAGGAGCAGUCGAUUACAUUGUAGAGCAUGCGGAAAUCGACUUUGUGUUUGUCCAAGACACCAAAAUUAAAGGACUGCUCGAGCCAGAUUGCAAAUGUGCUAGACGGCUAAAAGCUAUAGUUUCCUUCACUAACGUGAGCGACGAGCUUAGCCACAAGGCUUCAGAAAUUGGAGUCGAAACACACUCUUGGCUCGAUUUUCUCCAUAUGGGACGUGAGAAACCGGAAGAGACGAACCCGCCUAAGCCGUUUAACAUAUGCACCAUUAUGUACACGAGUGGCACGAGCGGUGACCCUAAAGGUGUGGUUUUGACUCACCAAGCGGUCGCCACUUUUGUUGUUGGGAUGGAUCUCUACAUGGACCAAUUCGAAGACAAGAUGACACAUGACGAUGUGUAUCUCUCCUUCUUGCCGUUGGCUCAUAUUCUUGACCGUAUGAAUGAAGAAUACUUCUUUCGCAAAGGCGCUUCAGUCGGCUAUUACCAUGGAGAUUUGAAUGUGUUACGUGACGACAUUCAGGAAUUGAAACCGACUUAUCUAGCUGGAGUUCCAAGAGUGUUUGAGAGAAUCCAUGAGGGGAUUCAAAAGGCUCUUCAAGAACUUAACCCAAGAAGGAGACUUAUCUUCAAUGCUCUCUACAAACACAAGCUUGCGUGGAUGAAUCGUGGAUACUCUCAUAGCAAAGCUUCACCCAUGGCUGAUUUCAUUGCUUUCAGAAAGAUUAGAGACAAACUGGGAGGUCGCAUCCGGUUGCUAGUAUCUGGAGGAGCACCUUUAAGCCCUGAGAUUGAAGAGUUCUUGAGAGUUACUUGUUGUUGUUUUGUCGUCCAAGGCUACGGCCUAACGGAGACGCUUGGAGGUACGGCUUUGGGCUUCCCGGAUGAGAUGUGUAUGCUCGGGACAGUCGGUAUUCCGGCGGUUUACAACGAGAUACGGCUUGAGGAAGUGGCUGAAAUGGGCUAUGACCCUCUCGGUGAAAAUCCGGCAGGGGAGAUCUGUAUAAGAGGACAAUGUAUGUUUUCUGGGUAUUACAAGAAUCCUGAACUCACUGAUGAAGUCAUCAAAGAUGGAUGGUUCCACACAGGAGACAUAGGUGAGAUUCUUCCAAACGGAGUACUCAAGAUCAUUGACCGGAAGAAGAAUCUGAUCAAACUAUCUCAAGGAGAAUAUGUUGCUCUCGAGCAUUUGGAAAACAUCUACGGGCAAAACUCUCUUGUCCAAGAUAUAUGGGUUUAUGGAGACAGCUUCAAAUCGAUGCUUGUCGCGGUGAUUGUUCCUAAUCCCGAAACCGUGAACCGGUGGGCUAAAAAUCUAGGUCUUACUAAACCAUUCGAAGAACUCUGCUCUCUCUCGGAGCUAAAAGAACACAUAAUCACAGAACUCAAGUCCACAGCAGAAAAGAACAAGCUAAGGAAGUUUGAGUACAUCAAAGCUGUGGCGGUGGAGACAAAACCUUUCGACAUAGAGAGGGACUUAGUGACUGCGACGCUCAAGAAUCGGAGGAACAAUCUUCUUAAAUAUUAUCAGGUACAAAUCGACGAAAUGUACCGCAAAUUGGCGUCAAAGAAAAUCUGAAAGUGUUGAGAUGAUGUGUGUGUUAUUAUGUUAUUUGCAUGUAUCAAUAAUUGAUAGAAAAGCCUUAUGCUGCGUUGUCUGCUUUGUGUGUAAUAUGCUAUUUUUAUCUUGUAUGACAAUUUCCAUCAUAAUUAUUAGUUUUUUUUUUUUUUAA